AUGUCAGAAACUGAGCUGGAAAAGAUAAAAGUAAGAACAGCUGAGCAUUUUGAAAAUGAUAAAAAUAACAUUUCUUGGUUGAAGGAAGGCCUUACAGUCUCUCUAUUAAAUCCAUUUGGGGAACCAGAUAUGCAACUCACAAAUGAAAAACACGCAGAAGAGAGACCCAUUAAUGCUAUCGUUAUAAAUUCAGUCUCUGAAUUCAAUGCCACAGAUGGACCAGCUAAGGAGACUUCCAUGGAGAAAAACCUGUCAGAAUCCACCACAUCGCUGUCCUCCCUUGAAGAAUGUCAAAAGAAAUUUUCUUACCUCCAAACCGAUUCUUCAGUUCAUCAGAGAGACACUGAUGAGGCGUGUGCCUCCCUUAUCCUCACCUGUCUGUUUUGCCAGUUUUGGGAUUGUCUCCUGAUGCUCCCUGGUACGUGCGAAACGGUGUGUACCAACCUGUGCUGCCCCUCUCACAGGUACCGCCACGCCUCGGACGAAAGCCACUCUCGGAAUGACUGCAACUGCAACUGUGACAUGGACUGCAGCCUUUUUGAAUCCUGCCACGAGACUGGCGAGUGUCUGGAGCUGGCCAUGGAGAUUUCAGAAAUCUGUUACCGCUAG